ACACUUAUUUGCUUCAUUUGAAACAGUAUUGCUUACAUUCCAACAGUCUUCAACCAUGGCUUCACUGGAGGGAUAUUAUAGAAUUCGUGCCCCAUUGAUCACCAUUUCAAAAAUAAUGGGCGCAGAAAUUUGGACAUCCGACAAGUUUUUUCAACCAGCAUCGUAUAUGCUGAUGGCACACAUGGUCAUCUAUAAUGUGUGCAAUGGGUACACCGUCCUCACUCAGAUAUCGGAUCCGGUCAAGUUGAUGCAGGUUACGAUAAUCUUCGGAAUUGCUUCACAGUUGAUCUUCAAAUUUUUCUAUGCAAUUUCGAGGAAGUAUGAUCUUCGGAAAAUGUUCGAUAUCGCAGAGGAAACAAUUUACCAGCGCUAUUCCGAAGGCAACAAGGAAGAAGUUUUGAUUCUCCAUAAGACUGUACGAUAUUUAGGAAUCAUUUGGAAGUUUUUGGCUUUAAUCUACUCGUCGACAUUAUUCGUUUUUGGCAUGUGGCCCAUCUACGUGUACUAUUCAACAGGUCAAAUGGUACCUCUAUUUUCCUACGAAAUUCCACUGAUCGAUCCUGCAAGCUCGUUCGGAUACAUAUUGAACAUGUUCCUACACGUCGACAUUUACAUACUGGGGAUUCUCGGAUCAAUUCUAGCCGAUUACACAUUCAUUUUUAUUGUUUUCCAUGCCGUGGCGAACGUGGAUUUGUUCAUUUUACAUUCAAAAGAAUUGUCUGAUUUAUUGAUCGAGAACGAUCCGACAAAAAAUGUGAGAGCAAUUAAAGAAAAGUGGAAUUGUUGCAUGUGUGAUCAUCAAAUUGCUACUGAAUACCUUAACGGUACGGAAGAUAUUGUCGGUUUGUUGUGUCUGGUACAAGUAUUUUCAUGCAUAUUCACAAUCUGUGAUGCGAUGCUUUUGGUAGCUCUGACUGAUUGGUAUGCAGCUGUUUGCUUUUUGAUUGUGGUUUUUGGAGAAAUUACUAUUUAUUUCCUUAUUGGAAAUUUUGUUGAGCUAAAGGUUGAUGAGCUGUAUGCAUCAGUAGUCAGCGUGCCGUGGAAUCUUCUGAACAAUAUUCAACAGAAAGAGUAUGGCUAUUUGCUGGCCCGAUCACAGAGACCACUGAUUUUGACUUUAUUUGGGUUUGCUCCGUUAAAUUUUGAAAGCUACAUGACGGUUUUGCGAGCCUUAUACCAAUUUUUUGUCAUGAUAAUGCAGUCUGUGGAAUAGGCAGAACAUUUUUCAUUUACAGCGAGAUGUUAUCAGGCUUUGCUAAGCAAUAUAUUUGUUCUGUUUCCUAAGAAAACUACAGGGUUGAAUAUGAUUUUUGUGUAUUCAAUGGUGUUGUGAAAUGUUUAAUAAAAAUUAAAUUUAAAUAAUAUAAAUAUAUUUUAGAUUAAAAACAGUGUGACUUUUGCAAGUUGUUUUGUUGGGAAUAUGGCUUUGGACCCUUUUUAUUAUUUGUUUAUUAGUAUCAUUCCAAAAAUUGCAUUUAUUUCUUAUAUCUAGGUGUUCUGUGUAGGAAAACACUAUCAUAUGUAUUUGGUAAAACUAUAUUAAGCUGAUCUGAUCCGAAUUUUUACAAGAGAGUUGUUUUCACUUGCCUAUAGGAGAACGCAACACUUUCAAUUAACUU